AUGUUUGAUGGGGUUAUGGAAUAGGUACACACCAGAUGCCUUAAAACUCAGAGACGCCUCUGCUUAUCACGUGUCAUUCUAAACCUGUUUGAAUUGCAAGACUUCUUUAGUCUUGUUUCAAGUCCUGUAGAGUCACUCAAAAGUUGCCACAUCUACAGAGUUAUCGUAAAAAAUGAAAAUGCCACAAGGGAAGUACUUUGUUACGCUGUACAUGUUACUACUGAUCCAUAAAAUCACAGGCCAGAACCUGACCGUGGAGCCCAAUCCUAUAGACCCUGGAAUAACCGAAACUUUAGUUGUCAACUGUUCACUGAUUCUUAGCAACACUUCUGAACUCGUAGAGAUAAAUUCUAUUUUUCUGUAUCAUUUAUAUAAAGAUUUUAAAGAUUUAGCAUCCAUCAAUGCCAAUGAUAAUAUAGUUCAUGGGAAAGAAUCAAACGGUUUAUUCAGUGGUAAUAUCAAUAGUAAAGGCUUUUCCUAUUUGAGUAUGAAGUUUGUUUUACCUUUAGCGGAAUCGUCCGGUACUUACAAAUGCGAGGUUCAUGGAAAAGACAAGUCAAAUAGUUCCCGGGUCCUAAAAGUUUCGACCAAAGUCGACUCUAUUCCAAUGACAAUAGAAUCAGCCUAUCAACAGAUUCGGGAGCAAAGACAACUAAUCAGAAAUCUUACUGAAAAAAACAAUUUGCUUCAAGUAGAAAAUAAAGAACUUCAAGAAAAUGUUAUAAACUUAACACAUUUCAAAGACAAUGUAGAACAAGUCAAUAAGAAAUCUCUGAAAUUGCUGUUUUACGAGUCUGAUUUGUUCAUUCAGAGUUAUUUUCCAAAACCUAAAUCGAGAAGAUAUUAUCUGAGCAAACAGACAUUAUCAGUUAGGUCGUUAGAAGCCCAGCAAACGUGUUAUCAAUAUGGUGGCUAUCUGGCAGAAAUCGAUAACUUGAAAGAAGUUGAAUUUGUCAAAAGUUUUACUAAAGAUCGCGGUUACAAGGCAGUUUAUAUAUCUGGCACUGACGAAGAGAAAAAAGGUGAAUGGAGAAAUUCCCGCACCGGUGAAAUCAUGGAGGAUAUUUAUUGGCAUCAAGGUGAGCCGACCUUACAACAUGGGCAUCAUUGCAUUGUAUACUGGAGUGAGAAUGGUUAUAAUAUCGGUGAUCUUCAAUGUAUUCGUAUCGGUAGCGUGGACGAAAGAUAUGGCUUCGUUUGUGAAAUGGAGGUCGAUUAAAUUUUUUAUAAAUAAAAAGAAAAUACAUUGGUUU